AGAAAUUGAUGGUACUCAUAUAUAUAUAUGUAUAUAUAUAAUCUGUCGAAUCUCUCCUUUUAUGGGUGUAAUGCACUUCUUGUGUUAUUCCCUGCGAUGUUCGUAUCUGCUAAAUGAAUAAACGUAACCUGUGCAGUUCACCUGACACGACAUCUAGCGCACUUACUCCACUCUGUGGACAAGCUGCGUAAAUAAUGGAACCCUGAAAAAUGUAUUUAAAACAGUUAAAGAUGGAUAGGCGGACAGAAAAAGCCUUUCGUAAUAAGAGAACUGUGGAAUACGUAAGCACUCUGAAUUCGUUUUUAAAUUUAAAAAUGUCAUUUCGCAUCAAGAGGCAGUGAGAGAAUCCCAGCGGGAGAAGUAACAUCUCGCGCUGCUUCAACUUCCGGCGCGCCGUCUUGUGGUGAAGAGUUUAACUGCACGUUCGUCAUCACUGUGCGACAAAGCGUGCGAGGUGUCGCUUUGAUCUGCAGGGAAGGGGUACCGUUGUGCAAAAUCCGCGCUGUAAAGCCAAGUGACAUAAGAACACCAUCUAUACCCAGAAUUUACUUCCAGAAAAUAAAAUAUUUUGUAUGAGUUACUCUUAAGGACUUUUAGGCGCAGAUCACAUCGUCAUCACUGUGCGACAAACCGUGCGAACCGUCGCCGUGACCUACAGAGAAGCGGUACUAAAGGAGGUAUUUUAAAGCGAAGGGCCUGUGCCGAGCAGGAUGGCGGUAGCCUCUCUCUCUCGGGCUCUGCGCUCACUCUGUCUGACACAGGGUGUCUCCAGACCAGCCCAACUCCCCUUCCAGGCAGCGAGGCUGCCGGCGCAGGGGGCUCCGCCGAGCUGCAGCCCCACGCUGGUGCUCUCCCGUGGGUUCUUAACCACAAUCCCAGUGGCACAGAACAGAACCCUGUGGAAGCAGAGAACCAAAUACACGGUGCGGCCCAUUGGCAUGAAGAAGACCGGAGGAAGAGACUACACCGGUAAAAUCCGCACACACGGCAUCGGGGGAGGUCAUAAGCAGCGCUACCGGAUGGUGGACUUCCAGCGGCUGAAGUUUGAACCAGGCAAAGAGGAACACAGCUUUGAGGAGAAGGUCAUCGAGGUCAGAUACGACCCCUGCAGGACGGCGGAUAUCGCGCUUGUCGCCGGGGGCAACCGGAAACGCUGGAUCAUUGCCACGGAAAACAUGGAGGCGGGAGAUCUGAUCAAGACCUCGAACCACAUUGGGCGCAUGGCAGUCGCCGCCAACGAGGGUGACUCGUACCCCCUGGGCGCACUGCCCGUGGGCACCCUCGUGAACAAUCUAGAGGUGUACCCGGGCCAGGGAGCCAAGUACAUCCGCGCAGCAGGAACGUGCGGAGUUCUGCUCAGGAAGGUGAACGGAACGGCCAUCGUGCAGCUGCCAUCCAAGAGGCAGGUCCAGGUAUUGGAGACAUGCAUGGUCACUGUGGGUCGCGUGUCCAACGUGGACCACAACAAGCGCAUCAUUGGCAAAGCCGGCCGCAACCGCUGGCUGGGCAUCCGACCGUCCAGCGGGAAGUGGAAGCGCAAAGGGGGCUGGGCAGGUCGCAAGAUCAAACCCCUGCCCCCCAUGAAGAGCUUCGUGAACCGGCCAUCACUCGCCAGGGCCUCGUAGGAGCGUUAGCGGUGCACGUUCUCGGUGGAAAGGGACUCCGUGGGGGCCGAACAGCUGAUCAAGCAAGAGCCACUGGCCACCCUACUGCCACGGUCACAGCAUAACGGUCGGCACGGGGCAGAGGACAUCCACAGCAGCCCCGCUCAAUAAAUGUUACUGUUCUGAGGGCAAAGUGACGAAGGUGUGGUUCCCCGUACUGCGCAAAUACACACAAUGCACCGAA